UUCAGACUUUGUAUAAUACCUCAGUUGGAAUGAUAUGACAGAGAACAAUGUUCAGUAUAGUUUUGGUCUAAUUUGCAUUGUCCAAGGGCUCCUGGUAUGGACUCCAGGGCUCUGUGGAACUAAUGCUGUGACCUGGACGUUAGGAUUUUUGAUGGGUCCCGAAAGGAUUUUUGUUGGGUCCCGAAGCCACCUUGAGAUGAGGACUGUGAGCAACACCAGUGAUUUUUGGAGCUGCGUGAAUUGUUCUCUUUUCACGUGGGAUAUCACAUCAUCCCCCCAGUACUGUUCAAUGGAAGAAGUUCUCUAGGUCCAGCUGGAACAGAGCCAUGUGCCAUAAUGUGCAUAGUGUGGCAGGCUGGUGUUGCUGAGUGUUAGGCUACAGACAUCAGGGGGAACCAUACUUGGUUCAGAAACGGGGGAUUGGUAGGAACUGACAAUCUAGCAACAGGAAGGGAUACAACUUUUCUAAAAGGGCCUUCAUAAAUGUUCCCAUAACUGUGGCUGUUGAUGAUAAGGUUUUUGCAGAAAUUUUCAGAACUUACAGACGAGUUUCUGUUUCUGUUGCGUCCUCUUGAGCCUGCAGUCAGUGACUGAAGAAUGUAAAGGUUUUAGCAUCGCAUAGCGUCUGCAAAGUGUUUAUCUUAAGGCCAUUGCUGCACAGUGAAAGCAGUGGGUAAAUGAGAGUGAGAGUCCUGUAGUCCAGGCAUGUGAUUUUUAGGACCCAGGCAGAGUUCCUAAAUAACUCAAGUGUAAGCACCUUUUUAUUGUUCAGCAGUCUUCAUUUCUACUGUGACACAAUUCCUCCCAUGAGACCAGGAGAGGUGAUAGAUUUGAGGUGUGAUUGCCAGAGUUCUUUUCCAAAAUGGAGAUUCAGAUUUUUCUGUGAAGCCAAUUUCCCGAUUUGGUUGAGAUGUACAGUUGCCAUGCACUGAGCAUAACUGCAGCUGAAUUACAAACUUAGCAGCUUGUAAAGUCACAGAACCGUCAUCAUAGCAAACAUCCAUCACUACCAUAUGUCUCCCAGGAUCCCAGGCAACUACUGUUGACUGAUUUUUCUCUCAUUAAAUUAGUGUUUUCCAGACUUCUAAUAUCAUUGGUUUCUCUGGUGGCUCAGAUGGUAAAGAAUCCACCUGCAGUUAGGGAGACCUGGGUUUGAUCCCUGGGUUUGGAAGAUCCCCUGGAGGAGGGCAGGGCAAUCCACUCCAGUAUUCUUUUUUUUUUUUUUCCCACUCCAGUAUUCUUGCCUGGAGAGUUCCCAUUGAGAGAGGAGCCUGACGGGCUAUAGUCCAUGGGGUUGCACAGAGUUGGACAGGACUAAGCACAGUAAUAUCAUUGAAGAAGUCUAAAUGAUUACUUUUGUAAUUGUCAUUUUCUUUCCCCAUGCACAGUUAUUUUGAGAAUCAUCUAAGUUGCCAAUGUGAAUAACUCAUUUUUUCCUGAUAAAUAUGCUAUUUGAUAUAUUUUCAUUUUAUUUCUUAAUCCACUCAUCUCUUAAAAAAUGGGGUUUUGUGGUUUGUUUCUAGUUUGCCUGUCACAGAUGAGCUUACUGUAAUCAUACAUAAAAUCCUUUAUAUGAACAUCCAGCUUCAUAUUCUAAAAUGAAUAACUGUACCCAUUUGCAUUCCCUUCAGCAGUAUUCAGUUCCCCUGUAUUCCUCACCAGUACUUGGUUGGUAUGGUCAGUAUUUUAAAUAUACCUGUUUGAGAAGUGUGGAGAUGUAUCUCCCUAUGAUUUGAUUUCAUUUCCCUACUGAUUCAUGAUGUUGACCAUUUUUGUAUUUUAUUGGCAAGUGUAUAUCUUCUUUGACAUAAUGUCUGUUUUCUUAUUAGUGACUGAGAAUAAGAUAAAUAUGUGGGAACUUGACUUUCAGUGACUGACUUUGCUGAGUGGCAUAAAUAUUUGUACUGACAACAUUAUUCACCAUGUAUACUCCUCAUUAUUAACAUAUUUCUAUUACUUCAGGCCUAGACAGUUAAUAAAAAAGGCAACUGACCUUUCCUUGUUGUAUUUGCCAAUUUCCCGGCACGAGUCCUCCAACUGUGGGCAAUUUCAUGCUGUUUGUGUGUGGUUGCUACUGAACCAGAGGCGCAGCAAGCUAAAUGCUGAGAUGCCGAGGUUUGCUGGGGGGAAUUUUCUUUCACAAGACAGCCACAUGAGGACACAGAAGGACAAGUUUCAGAACCACCACCUUCUUGGAGGUGAGGUGCUUGUGAUAUUUAGGGGAUAAAGAGGCAGCCUGCUCUUAGGUGUGGGGACAAGCGAUCAGAGAAAAGGUGAGUUAACUGGCGUGUGCAUUACAUGCCUCUUCACAGAUACAUGUUCAUAAAUGGAGGCACUUUGCAUGAUCUGAGCAUGGAAUUUUAGCUAUCUGAUGUCAAAAUUAAUUCAUCAGACACCUGGGCAGGCCCAGUUUUAGGGGUUGGUAGUUUUGAUCAUUUGUAGCCUGCUCAGACUGGAAAAGAGUUGACUCCAGGUUCCCAAGAACUUGAGACUCCUUUACUAUAGUGACCCAUAUGUCAGAGGUGUCACCUCUAGGGCUUGUUAAGGUGUCACCUCUUGUGUUAGCACCUUGGCCAUGGGAAACUUAUAUACAACUAAAGGAGGGGGAGGGAGGUCCCCAGAGCAAACUUAAUCAGUGAAGGCAGCUUACAAGCAGGAGGGUUUUAACAUGCUGUUUUCUUUUCUGUAGUUCUGUAUUACAAGCCCAAGAAUUUGUCGUUUGUCAGCUUCUGUUCAUCCUUGGGGCAUGUUUCAAGGUCACCCGAUGUGGACGUGGGAAGACAGAAAGAAAUUUGUACCUAGGUUGAGGAUGGUGACUACAUGCUGACCACAAGCACAUUGACCUGAGCCUUCCUGGAACCAUAAGGUUGCUGAUGAAGAUUCCUGAAGCAUUGCCUUGUUAACUUACUACCAACCAAUCAGAAGAAAGUAGGUCUUAGUAGUGGCAUGUGGACUUCGUUGACCAUGGACUUGGUUGCCCCUCCGCGUGUGGAAUCUUCCGGGACCAAGGAUCCAAUCCCAGCUUCCCCUGCAUUGCAAGGCAGAUUGUUUACCACUGGGCCACCAGGGAAGUCCCAAUAUCUGGGUUCCUCCCUCUGAUCAGCACAGACUACAUUCCACAGAAAUCUGUGUGUGUCCCCUUUAAGUAGUGUGUUCCAAGGAAAUCUGGGUGCGUCCCCUUUAAGAAGGGUGAACCCCGCCAGGAUUCGGAGCCUUAGGGUGAGGCUGAAUUUUCCCUGACUUGGGUAGCAGCGCCCCUUGCAGUGCACUAGAGCGAUGUUAACUACACUACCCGGAAUGCAAGGCGCGGUGCGUAUGGGUCGCUGGGCCAACUGAAAGCUCAGGACUGAGGCACUUCCGUUGUAGAGGACGGCGUCCGGGCGGGUCUUCCGGCGUCCAGAGAGGCGACAUUUUUAAACUCUGAUCUGGUAGCUGCUGGGGAAGUUUGGGUCUUAAAGGUCCCCAGGUAAAGACGCUGUGCCCGCAAUUCUGAGGAGGGUCUGAGGCUGCGUGGCGCCAUCCGGCCUGAUUCUGACUUGGGUCCGGGACAGGCGCCGCCGUGCCCGGGCCCCAUCGCUCUCAGGCUCUGCUGAGACGUCCAGCUGACAGAUCCGCUUGAGGUAAACGCUGCCCUCUCCGGGCCCUCAGCCAACUCUUAACCAUUCUGCGGUAUUUUUGUUCUUAUCUGUGUUCUCUUACUAGUGUCCUCUGUGUGUGUGUAUUUCUUUCCCCAAACCUCUGUUUUUCUAAUUUUGAAAUAUCUGCGUGGGAAAAAAAAUUGCUGAGAUCUUCCACCUGCAGUUGAAAAAGCAGCUGUUAUUAAUAGCCGUUCACUGGUCACGUCGAGAAACGAGAUACAAGUAGGACCCAAAAGCCGCCUGUGGAGGUUCUGCCAAAACAAUUAUCCUGUCUCCCAAAUGUUAAGGCGUUGUCUGAUGUUUCAGCUGGUGGAAAUUAAAGUUACAUUGCCCUGCUCUUUCCACGUUCAGCGGAACCACUUAUGGACUGUUCACUGGGCCGUGUGACCUUUGACGAUGUGGCUGUGUACUUUUCCCAAGAGGAAUGGAGGCUCCUUGGUGAGGCCCAGAGACUCCUGUACCAUGAUGUUAUGCUGGAGAACUUCGCACUGGUUGCAUCCCUGGGGUGUUGGCAUACAGCAGAGAAUGUUUCUGUAGAAGUGCCACAGAGAAAUACCAAAAAGACAGACCUGUCCAGCCAGAAGAUCUGUCCCUGGGAGAUGGGUAACCUGGCCUUAGAAGGUGGUUUGUGUGUACCCGAGGUCCUGCGAACAAACCCUGGCCAGACACUGUGUGGGACAGAUGUGAAAUCCCACCAGCAUGGUGGAGAGAAACUCAUGAGAAGAGAUUUGGGUAAGUCCUUAAUGAAAAACUGCACAGUGCAUGCAUUGGAGAAGGCUUCUGUGUGCCAGGAGGCGAGGAAGGAUUUCCCUGGUAGCUCUGGCCAUGUCCAGCACCAGGUUAAACCACAAAUGAUGGAGUUUGUAGCAGAGUUUCACAAUGGAGAAAAGCGUUUCAAGUGCAAUGAAUGUGGGAAACUCUUCUACCGGAAGUCUAGGCUUGCUCAGCACCAUCGAGUCCACACCGGAGAGAAGCCCUAUGGAUGCAGUGAGUGUGGGAAAGUCUUUAGAUGCAGCUCCAGCCUUGCUAUACAUAGAAGAAUUCACACAGGGGAGAGGCCUUAUGAGUGUAGAGAAUGUGGAAAAUUCUUUAGGCAACACUCCCAGCUUGUUGUGCACCAGAGAAUUCACACUGGAGCCAGACCAUAUGAGUGCAGUGAAUGUGGGAAAACAUUCAGUACUAAAACCAAACUUGAUCAGCACCGGCGAGUCCACACCAGAGAGAGGCCUUAUGAAUGUGCUGAAUGUGGGAGAACUUACACCUGUAAACGCAUGCUUGAGCAACACCAGAGAGUCCACACUGGAGAGUGGCCUUAUGAGUGCAAUGAGUGUGGGAAAGCCUUUAGGUACUUCUCCAGCCUUUUUAUGCAUAGAAGAAUUCACAGUGGGGAAAGGCCUUAUGAGUGUAGUGAAUGUGGGAAGUCUUUUAGGCAAAAGGCCCACCUGCAAGGCCACCAGAGAAUUCACAGUGGAGCAAAGACUUUUGAGUGCAGUAAAUGUGGGAGAUGUUUUAGCCAAAAGUCUGUUCUUACUAAACACCAGAGAGUUCACACUGGAGAAAGACCUUAUAAGUGUAGUGAAUGUGCGAAAUGCUUUAGGGAUAGAACUAGUCUCAUUAAGCACCUAAUUUACACUGGAGAAAAGUCACCUGAGUGCACCAAAUGUGGAUAAGUCUUUAGCCAAAGCACCUGAAAAGAAAAUUUCACACCACAGAAGGGCCUCACAAGUACAGUAUUGUGGAAACUUGGUGGUUUUUUUUUUUUUUUUCUGGUCAAACGUCUACUCCAAGCACCAAAACCACUGUGGCACAGAUAGACCCAAGAAUACAGAGCAUGUAGGAAAGUUUCUGCUGAAGGUCUAACCUCAUCUAUCACCGCAAAGUUCAUACUCAAGAAAGGCCUUCAAACCAGAGGAAGAGACCAGCAAAUGAGCUGUGUCCUUAGUGAAUACGUCUUACUGAACAGGCUCUGUAAGGGAAUCAUCACCUGGAAGUUGAAUGCCAUCCAUCUGCACAGCCCUAGUAUGGAUAUAGCCUGUGGGUACCCGAUUCAUUGGAAGUCUCUAAGAAGCUAAGAUCUUCCUAACCUGUGCAGCGGCCUUGCCAGAUUUCUGGUCAUUGUGAGUUUCUUCCACCAAGUGGCAGAUCCUCAUAUGGGCGUCAGUCCCCUCAGUGUGAUCAGGGUAGAUAGACCUUUGUGCUCUCCUGUUCCCUGAAGGAAAGCACAUGUAACCUGAGCACUUGGGUGGUGUCAUGCUCUUAGAUCCUAUCAACUGCCUAGGAAAGGAACUAAGCAGCUUUGACCUUGCACAUGCACUCUGGGUUCUGAUGGUUGCUGACAGAGGUUUACUUUCUUUGAUGGCAUUGAGUCAUGUCAUGCUUAUGACAUGUUUCUAGCUUCAAGUCACCCUACUUGACAAGUGCUUUCUUCUAAGCAAUUCUCUUUUCUUUUAAUAAAUAAAAACUUUUUAAAGCCA